AUGGCGGAAGAGCUGCGAUCCAUGUGGAACGAGCGCCAAGGGCAGCCAAGAGCCGGCCCCAGCCUGGGAACGGCCUCUAAACUUGAUCCUGCUAAUGUAACCUUGUGUUCUCUCUCUUCUUGCAGUAGUAUCUUACCUUUGAGUAACUGUCCCCAGCUGCAGUGCUGCAGGCACAUUGUUCCAGGGCCUCUGUGGUGCUCCGAUGCCCCUCACCCACUGUCGAAGAUCCCCGGUGGGCGAGGGGGUAGCAGGGAUCCUUCUCUUUCAGCUCUGAUAUAUAAGGACGAGAAGAUCACUGUUAACCAAGAUGUCCCAGUGCAUGAAGGGAAGCCUCAUAUUGUCCACUUCCAGUACAAGGUCACAGAGGUGAAGACCUCUUCCUGGGAUGCAGUGCUCUCUAAUCAGAGCCUCUUUGUGGAAAUCCCCGAUGGAUUAUUAGCUGAUGGAAGCAAAGAAGGGUUAUCAGCACUGUUGGAAUUUGCUGAAGAAAAAAUGAAAGUAAACUACGUCUUUAUUUGCUUCAGAAAAAGCAGAGAAGAUAGAGCUCCGCUCCUGAAGACAUUCAGCUUUUUGGGCUUUGAAAUCGUGAGGCCUGGUCACCCCUCUGUCCCAUCGCGACCGGACGUGAUGUUCAUGGUGUACCCCCUGGAUCAGAACUCUUCCUCUGAUGAAGAAUAGCUGCAGCAGGGGACUUCAGUUCGAUCUGAAAAUGCUUUUGAGGGGAGAGAGGGUUAAAUCUCCUUUCUUGAGGAAAGGGAAAACAAGCUUCUGUUGGACUGAAACUGCAUUUCUCAUUGUUAGAUUGGCCUGUGUAUCCUCAGAGUUGACUAUCUCAUUGAAAUGUGUUGCCUAGAGAACUAUAUAUACACACAUGUAAUCACCAAAUAGUAAAUGGAAGAUGUUUAUGAACUGGCAUAGGAGCUCUUUACAUACAGCUGUGUGGUGUGUUAGCCUAGAGGCACCUCGUGCCCAGGCCGUGCGUGGGAGCCUGGCAGUGUAGGGUUCAGUAUCAACUCCUUGACUUUUCUAAAUCAGUGUUGGUUCUUUCCUGAUCACCUGAUGUGUGGCGUGUGCUCAUCUGACGGACUACCUGUUUAUUUUCACUCAGACUCUUAAGAAUAAGGCAUGUUUUUUGAGUGUUAGACACAUGGAAGAGAUGUGCUUGAGUUAACUUUUAACACUACAUUAAAACCCCUGUGCGUCUCUGCUCUGGGGUAACUGAUGCUGUUUAACUGGUUUAACUUUUUUUUUAAACUUCUUGCUCUUCCAGCUUUUGUUUAAGCAGUCUUACUCUGUUCAAUGUUACCACUGCACUAUCACAGCAUUCAAUAAAAGGGGCAUUCAGAUUAACUUCACACAGCUGGGGCUGCUUAUUUAAAAGGAAAAGAGCCUUUUUGUAGGCCUCCCUUAAUGCUGCAAUGGUACUCUGCUUAUAUAGGGUCAAGUGAGUGUUCAGAGCAAUAUCUCUAGUCUUGGGGAACGUUUCCUUACCUACCUGAGGUGUGAUGGUUUUGAUGGUCCAAAGAGCCUAAAAAGCUCACACCUUUAGUCUCUUCCCAAGGACCGGUAAGGAGCAGGCCCUUGGCUGUUGUCACACCUCUUUUCUUCCUCCUGACCUUUCCAAAGAGAUCUCAAGACACUGAGAUAAUGGCUGUAUCCAAACCAAAGGGAAUCGUGUGCAGGGACAGGUGUGGAAGGCAGCUCUGCUAGUAACAUGCCCUUGUGCAGAUGGUGGGACAGUUCUCCCAUCCUGGGGAUCUCCCAGAGGAGGCUGGAGGGGUGUCUGUGGUGGCACUGCUAGCUGUAGCUCACGUUUCAAUCCUGCCACUUCUAAUGCUGGAGAAUGAGGUUGUGCUCUUGUCUUCAUGCCAUUUGGAUGUAACCUGGCUGGCUUUCUUUGAAUGCCACAUGAGAAGGGUGUAUUUAUAAACUGUGCCCUGGA